AUGCAGACCAUAAAGUGUGUGUUGGUGGGUGAUGGGGGCGUUGGUAAAACCUUUCUUCUCGUCGCUUAUGCGACCAGCGUUUUUAAGGAAAAGUACCUUUCUGCACAGUUUGACAACUACACUGGUGACAUAAGUGUGGAUGGCCACACUGUCACCCUUAAACUGCUGGACACGGCAGGCCGUGAGGGGUAUGAGCUCCUGCGUACACUCUCCUAUCCUCAAGCAGAUAUUUUCAUUGUCUGCUUCUCUAUUGGCAGCCCUUCCUCUUAUGAUAACAUCAGGCUGAAGUGGAAACCUGAAGUGUCCCAACAUUGCCCCAAAGUGCCAAUCCUUCUGCUGGGCACCAAGAAGGACCUGAGGGGGGAUGAAGAAACCGUGAAGAUGUUAAAAGAGCAGGGUAUGACCGUUUGUACCUAUCAGCAGGGGGACAUCCUGGCCAAGCAGAUCAGGGCUGUUAAAUACAUGGAGUGUUCUGCUCUGCAGCAGGAAAACAUCAGGGAGGUGUUUGAGGAAGCUGCCAGAGCCGUGUUGUUUCCGCAGAGUAAAAGAAAUUGUAAAAAGUGUGUUCUUCUGUAA